AUGGAGGAGGGGCAGCUCUACUACCGCCUCUUUCGGGCACUGCGCCUGGAGUGGGAGGAGCACCUCACGCGCGGCUUCCUAGGUUGCUUCCUGGAGGCGCAGUGCUAUGGGCACAGAGGAGGACUUUUGGAUCUGGACGAUCGUCGCAGAGAUUCCCUGCCUGAUCAAAGGAUCUCGUCAGAUGUGGGCAAGUUCACUUCUCUGGCGACUACACUGGGUUUGGAUACUUUGCAGGCUGGCAUUGACCUUUACUUCUAUGCUGCGCUUCUGAGGACGCUGUCGCCGGCGCUGGCACGCACAUCCCUCAUCGGGGCGCUUGUGGGGACCCUCGUCGUGCAGCUCCUCGGCCGCGACCUCCCAUCGCUCUAUGCCGCCGAGCGAUCGGCAGAUGGCAAGUUCACAUAUACGCUGACGCGCAUGCGGGAAAAUGCUGAGUCGAUCCUUUUCUACGGUGGCCAGCGACAGGAGACAGCGCGGGCAGAUGAGGUGCUCAAGCUUCGACAUCGAACCGAAUGGGACCGCUUGGCCCAGAAAGACCUCGUCCAGCUCGUAGGGGACCAGUAUCGCCAGGUGCUCGGGCUUUGUCCGGCUCUCAUCCUCGUCCAGUUUGCCAGCGGCGCCAAAGAUGCGGCGCUGCUGACCCAGGCGAACGAGGCUUUCGACGCCGUUCUGCGUGCUCUGUUGCUUUUUGCGGAUAAUUGCUCAGACUUCUCGCGGCUCACGGCCGUUGCUCAAGAGCUUUUCAUAUACCACCGGGAGCAGCUGGAGGCGAAAAACGCGGAGUCGGAGAUUCUGGUGCAACCUGCCGAGGAGGCAUCCGGAUCCUGGCUAGAGGUCACAGGGCUAACGCUAUGCUUUGCAGACCGGGUUCUGGUCCAAGACCUUUCCUUCUGCGCGCCCGCAGAGGGUGGGCUCCUGAUCUCCGGUCCCAGCGGCAGCGGGAAGACUACCUUGCUCCGUGCUCUGGCCGGGCUUUGGCACUGGGGACGCGGCAGCAUCCGAUUGGCAGAGCACCGGGACUGCCUCUUCCUGCCCCAGCGGCCCUACAUGAGCCUGGGCACUCUGCGGGACCAGUUGCUUUACCCCAACAGCCAGGUGAGCAUCCACGAUGACGCCCUGCGUGAAAUCCUGGCGCGUGUUGGCCUACACAGCGUUCUGAAGCGCACCGGUGGGAACCUGGAUUGGACGGACAGAUGGGAUGAGCAGCUCAGCAUCGGCGAGCAGCAGCGGCUCAGCGUGGCCCGCGUGUUAGUGCAAAAGCCGCUGUAUGUCCUCGCAGAUGAGGUGACGUCCGCAAACGACCCUGCUCAU